AUGGCACUUGAAAACCCACCGUCACUUCCCCAUGCUCACCAACAAAUUCGUUUAGGUGAUAUUCAAGCAUCUACACAUGAAUGGGCACACGCCAUUAAACAUUAUUUACAUGCAAUAGAAUAUUUUAAAGCAAUUCAGCUUAAUCUAAAUGAUAAUAAUUUAGUAUCAAUUUUAGAAGCACAAAUAGUACAAUGUGAAAAAAUAAUUGAUUUAUGUCGUUUAAAAGAUCGAUCAGAACAGGCAUUAAAAGUUCAACAAGCAGAACGCUUAUCAAGAAUUGCACGUGCAAAUUCAACAUCUAAUAUAAAGCCAUUAACAAAACCGAAUACAACGAUGCAACGCCAUAAUACAAUACAAUUAGAAAAUACCGUCAUGGCAGGUGGUUAUAAGGGUAUGGAUUCAUUUGCUGAGUGUAUUUUUUCGAAAAAUCUGAAUUCUAAUGAAACAAGUCCAAAAAAAACAUCAAUAAAAGCGAAGAAAAAUCAAAAGCAUGAAUCAGAUAAAAUGGAAGAAUUACAGAUGAGUUAUGAAGCGAUGAAAACUCAUCUUAAAGAAGCUUUUGAUGAUAUUGAACGACUUAAAUAUGAAAAUAAUCAAUUACGUAUACAACGAGAAGCAAAUUCAAUACCCGAACAUAACGAAUCAAAAUCAUUUACGGGCAGUGGCGACGAAGACUCGGAGAAUGAACUUGAAGUUACACUAUAA